AUGACCGAGGCCAAACCACACACCAGCAAACAUAGUAAAACACCACAUUCUCAGCCAAACAAACCUCCAUCUACAUAUAACACCAUGAGUUCACUCCUCAAAGCCGACGUCUGGGUCUCCUCCCGUCUGCCCAUCGCCAUCCAACGAGACGGCCAAUCCAGCGCCUUUUCCCCAAUAUCCUGCGCCCUCAUCCACGGCACCUACGAGGCAGUCCUAGUCGACACACCAAUCUCCACUACCCAAACCACAGACCUAACCAAAUGGAUCGAAGAAACCGCCCCAACCAAAACCCUCAAAUACAUAUACAUCACGCACGGGCACGGCGACCACUGGUUCGGGAUCCCGCUCCUACUGAAGCGAUGGCCGUCAGCACGCGCAAUCGCCACUCCGGCAACAGUCGCCCAUUCACAAGGACAGCUUGAGCCGGAGAAGUUCAUCGAUAUCUGGACCCGGUUUUUUCCUGGUCAGAUCUAUCAGCCGCAGAAGACGGCGGAACCGUGGCCUUCAGACACUUUCACGAUGGAAGGUCAUGAGUUCCGGAUUAUUGAGGUCGGACAUACGGAUACGCUUGAUUCGACUGCGUUGUAUACUCCUGAUAUUCAUCUCGUCGUGGCUGGGGAUAUUGUGUAUGGGGAUGUUCAUCAGUUCUUUUGGGGAGGCUAA